GCAAAAUUUUUCAGUUUUGGUGACAGAAAAGGGAAAAACAGUUGACACUUGUGACGGCAUCGUUCAUGAACUGUCAUUUACAUGAAGAGGGAAAUUUGAAAACGCAAUUUAAAAUAAGCUUAUUAUACAGACAUAUUUUUUACAGUCCGUUUAAAUAUCUCAGCAAUUGUAAAUAAUUCAUUUUCCGAUUUUUUUCAAAACUGUGUCCGACCUAAAUAUUUAGGAAAAAAUAACACCGGACGUUUGACGUCUAUGACUGACGUUUGUGCACGUGUAAACACUAAACAUAACCGCAUUUUUUGAGUUGGAAAGAAACUGAAACCGAAUUAUGAAAAUGCCUGAUAAUGUAGAAAAUGAGGAAGUUUCCGUCAAAAUUGAGGAUGAGGAUAUCAAACCUUCAAAGAGUGGAGCAGUAUCGUUUCCUCAUGAAACGAAGUACGCUCAUAUCAAGAAUAAGCAGGUCCGUAAUCAGCAAUUCCAGAAGACCAAGAAAGAACGACGAAAGGCUAAAAAAGAAGCUAAGAAAGAAAGAGAGAAGCAAGGUUUGCCAAAACAGCAGCCACAUACAAUUGAAAGUUUAAGAGAAAAGGAUGAAACUAUUAUUCAGGAUUUGGAAGCAGAAGAGAACCAGUUAGUAAGAGAAGAUCUAGAGAAUGAUGAGUUCAGUGACUACUACAAGCAGUCCUAUGAACCUAAAGUGUUAAUAACAUAUGCUGACAAUCCUAUGAAGAAAACUAGAAUUUUUGGGAGGGAAUUGAAGAGGAUAAUCCCAAAUUCAGUGUCGCUCUAUAGAAAUAGAUCAGGUGUAAAGAAAAUGGUAAAGAGUGCCAUUAAAAAUGAAUUCACAGACAUACUUGUAAUAAAUGAAAAUAGGAAGGAGCCUGAUGGACUGUUGGUUAUACAUUUGCCUAAUGGACCAACAGCUCAUUUCAGAUUGAGUAAUGUGAAGAUCACAACGGAAUUGAGAAAAUCUCACAAGGAUAUUACUGCACAUAGACCAGAAGUUAUUUUGAACAAUUUUAAAACAAGGCUGGGUCUCACUGUUGGCAGAAUGUUGGGAGCUUUGUUCCAUUAUGAUCCAGAAUUUCAAGGCGCCAGAGCUGUCGCCUACCAUAAUCAGAGGGAUUAUAUCUUUUUCAGACAUUAUAGGUACGGUUUCGACGCUGAUGGCAAGAGAGCAAGAUUGAAGGAGCUCGGGCCGAGAUUUACGUUGCGAUUGAAAUCUUUGCAGAAAGGCACCUUUGACAGCAAAUAUGGGCAGUAUGAAUGGAUCAUAGAUGGAAGACGGCAUAAAAUGGAGACAAGUAGAAGGAAGUUCUUUUUGUGAAUUGUUUUUGCUGGCAUAUCUCCAUUUAGGUGGAAUACAUUUUAUGCAUGAAAAUAAAGUUGAUUUGAGUUGAAUUAA